AAUCUUGUUUGGUUUUUUUUUAUUUCUCAAGGUUUUUUCUGCUGCUAGUUCUUAAUUUCCCAAGCAAGAAUUUGUAGUACGGGUUCGUUUCAUUGUUGUGCGCGUUUAUGAACUGGUGAUGGUACGUGUUCUAAAAUAUACGUGAGGGGCAUGGCUCGUUUAACGGAAGAGAUGGUCAUAGCUCGGUCAAGAGCAUCAGACCUUUCAAACAUAAAGAAGUUGAAUUGUUGGGGCAGUGACCUGCAAGAUGUUAGCUUGCUUCGUCGUAUGCACAAUGUAGAAGUCCUUUCAUUAAGCGUGAACAAGAUCAACAACCUAUCGGACUUCCAGUUCUGCCGCAACCUGCAGGAGCUGUACGUCCGCAAGAAUGAGAUACGGGACCUGAACCAAAUCUGCUACCUCCAGGAGCUGCCGCGCCUCAGGAACCUCUGGCUGGAUGAGAACCCAUGUGCCAACGCCGAAAACUACCGCUUGACGGUGCUGCGCGCCCUGCCACACCUGCAGAAGCUGGACAACUCGGUGGUGAAGCCGGAAGAGGUGCAGGACGCGUGCCGCAAGGGGCUCGAGCUGCUGCACCCCGAGGACAUGUCCCCCGACAGCCAGUGGCCCUCGGCGCUCAGCAGCCCCGACUGCAGCCCCGCGCAGGACCAGGAGUACGAGCAGCGAAUGGAGUCUUCGUACUACCCCGACUCGUACUACGAGUACGAAGAGACGGAACGGGUGGCUCGUCCACAGCCUGUCCAGCGGACGCCCCCUCAGAGGCGGCGAGUGUCGGGCGACCGGGACGGGGAGGCGGAGCAGGUCCCCAGGAAACCCUCCACGCCGGCCGACGACCAGGGCUUCUACGACACGGACCGCCGCAACGCCAACUAUGAGCCCGACACGCCCAUGUCUUCCAGAAAGAAUAGUAACCACUUUAUAUCCAGUGAGAUGGAGCGUCGUCACGAAGUAACCACCAAGGGGGGAACGCCUAGGGGCAGUGAUCCUGAUGUCCACCUGCUCCGUAAGAACUCCAGCAUCCUCGGUCCUGAUUCCAGCACCCCUCCUCAUGCACUCUCCUCUCCCAGGUCGGCAGAGUUUCCCAGUGCAGAGGAGAAGCAGAACAUAUCUCCGAGCAGUGAAGAGUUGCAGAGGAUGAGGAGCAACAGCUCGUACCACCUGAACCAGGACCCUCGCGACAGCGGCAGCGAAGGCAGCGAGUACAACGGCCGAGGAAAGUGGGCCGAGGACGACGUACGAAGUCAGCAGUACGACCGCAACCUCAAGUCCCACCAGCAGAUGGACACCGUCUCCCAGAGGAUGUCCAGCAACGGGCACCCCCUCUAUCCUCGAAGGCCCACCACCAAGAGCUCGAACAUCUUGUCGGCGGUGCUGUGUCUCAUCAAGGAGCUGGACUACCCGAGCCUGGAGGUCGUCGAGGUUGCCGUCCGCUCUCGCAUCGAGGAAUUCUGAAAGACUGACCGGCUCCUCGUACACGCUAAAUUAUUACAGUUCUUUUGAGCUAAUUUUUUUUAACAUUUUAAAACUAUUAAUUUUAAUGUUUAACAUUUUUACUCGUACUAUUUUUUGCAGCAUGAAAUUUGAGGAUUUUUUUCCCCUUCUAUGAAUUUGGCCAUUGAAUUAUGUUAACAUGGUUUGUGUUUGAAAAUCUCAACUCUAUUCUUGCAAAUGUUAGUUCCUAUUUAUUUAGAUUUUUUAUCUAUAUGGUUCAAUAUAUUUACACUGAUAAAUAAUAUUUUACUAAAUAUGUUGUUCAGAGGAUAUAUUUUGUAAUGUGCAAUAAAUGUUUUUUAAGGAAUGUGAUUAGAAGUUUUAUAUUUGUGUGGAUUAAGAAAAGGCUGCAAAAAUUAGUAGUUCACAUUAAAUAUAGUUAAUAUUUGUAUUAAUAGUUCAUAGUGUAUGUUUAACUUAAAAUUCUAAUUGGAAGUGAUAUUUGUAAUCAUCUAUAUUUUGAUUUAGACUGUUGGUACACUAAACUAAAUUUUGCUCAUCUCAAACUCAAAUACAGUGCAGGGAUAUGGGAAUUUUUGAGGGAGUAAUCAAAGAUAUUAUGGUAUUUAAAAAAAUUUUGGUGUUGUUAACUUUGUUAAAUUGUUAUUGGUGACUCACUUAUAGUUAUUUUGAAAAGCAUAAUUUGUUUCUGCUCUCAGCCUGUUGAGCAUUUUUAAAUAACAGUAAAUUUUAACAUUGAUUUAGUCUGAGCAACUUGUAUCUAUGCCAGUUACAAGCAUGUUUAAAAUUUAAAAAUAUAAUAAACGUACUUCUACUUAAAAUAUAUGUAUAUUGUAUACAAUAUUAUUAUAUACCAGACAAAAAAUUUAUACGGCCUAUCCCAAGAAAAAGUACCAUUUUCUGACAGUUCUGAAGUGCAGUUUACUAUAUUUCCAUGGAAACAAAGUUUAUCACUAAUCCUUUGUCUACAAUUUUACUCAUAUGAUAAAAGGAUUGGUUAAAUAAUGUAAAAACACUUGAGUUUUAAAUGUUUGUUUGAGUACAGAACCAUGUUCGUGUUCUCCGAAAAAUAUUUCAUCCUCUAUCAGAGCAGAUGAGAGAAAUAAAUUAUUUUGGUGUAGUACAACAGUUUUAGUUGUCGUCUUGUUGCUGGUUUUUAGUGGUUACUAAAACUAAGCUACCUCUAAAUGCAGGUUAUUCGAAAACUCACCAUUAAUAUUUCUUGGUGUGAUACAGUACAUUACAAAAAUUGAGUUUGAAAAUGAAGAGGUUGAGUCAGAAUUCAACUGAUAAACUUGAGCUGCAGCUUCAACAUGAAACAAUAAGUUGAAAACAUACACAACUUUUGGUGUAUUGUGCUUCACAAGGUUCCUAUACCUAACAGCUGGUUUAUUGCAAAUAAUAUAGAAAGUAUAUAAGAUUGAAAGCAUCUGUCCAGUAUUCAGUUGAAUAAAACAAAAUAAAAAGUU